AUGGAGAGCAUGCCUGAGGCCCCCAAUUCCACUAUCAUCAACCGAGAGACCGGGGCAGCGAAACGUCUGGGCCAAAAGGCGCCAGUAACUCCCCAUCUACAGAAGCUUAUCGAUGAAACACUCUUAAACGGUUAUGUUAUAAUCCCCAACGCUUUUACCAACGACGAGGUCGAGCAAGCGAACACGGAGCUUCGACGUCUUGCAUCUAGUCCGGAGGCCGGCCCCGCUGUGUCUGGAGGCCGCAACAGGUUUGAAGGGCUGAGAACGAAUCGUAUUUACGCUCUGCUCAAUAAAUCCAGAGUCUUUGACAAAUUUGUACUCCAUCCUGAUAUUCUAGGCCUCAAUGAGUAUUUUCUGGACCAAGGCUUUCUUCUGAAUGCAUUCCAUAGCAUUAAUAUUCAACCGGGAGAAGCCCCGCAAACAAUUCAUCACGAUGACGGCUUUAUCACGAUACCACGUCCACAUCGCCCCUUUGGAACUGCGAUUAUGGUUGCACUAGAUCCUUAUACAGAAACGAAUGGCGCCACGGUCGUUGUUCCCAAGUCGCACACUUGGGACUCGAGUCGCGUCCCGACGCCUGAUGAAGCGAAGCCUGUUAUCAUGGAAAAAGGAAGCGUUGUUUACUUUCUUGGUACGCUAUGGCAUGGAGGGGGCAAGAACGUGUCCGAUAAAGAGCGGAGAGCACUCACGGUUCAAUAUUGCCAGCCAUGGGUCCGUCCCUUGGAGAAUCAGAUCCUGGCGGUGGAUUGGGAGAAGCUCAACGAUAUCCCGCCUCGACUGGUCGACAUGCUUGGAUAUCAGGUCGGGGCUCCUUUUGUGGGCUACGUAGAUGGGAUCAGCCCUAGAAGGGCCGUCGAACGGAAGAUGAGGGCAAAGCAAGCGUUGGAUAGGCACAGCACUAAGCUUUGA